AUGUUGCAGAAAGGGAAGAACGCAGGAGAGGAGAACGAGGCCUUGAGGAAAAGGCAGAUGGUUGGAUUGUUUAAUCAGGACAUCAAGCCAAUGAGAGACCAGAUUGUCCGAGUGAAGAGAUAUGAAAAAGUUCCUCUAAUCCUAGUGGGGAAUAAAGUGGAUCUGGAAUCUGAGAGGGAGGUCUUAUCUGCAGAAGGCAGAGCUUUGGCUCAGGAGUGGGGCUGUCCAUUCAUGGAAACAUCGGCCAAGAGUAAAACCAUGGUGGAUGAACUGUUUGCUGAGAUCGUCAGGCAAAUGAACUAUGCGUCCCUGCCUGAAAAACAAGAUCAGUGUUGUACAACUUGCAUCGUCCAGUGAGAAAAAAUAAAGAAAAACCUCAAUCAUGGCCAUACAGAGCAG